AUGUUCAAGAAAAGAAAUAUUAAAGUAGCAUCGAAACGACGAGCCGAGGCCGAUUCUGAUGGUGAAAAUGACCAGCUUUCACUGAUGCCUUCUAAAGAAGUGUCAUUUAAGAAGGUGAAGAUCAAGCCGAAUAGAGAAGCGACUCACAACGAAGGCAAAAAUGCCAAUGAAGAGGAAAAAAACCGGAUCAAAGCAGAAGAUGAUAUCGAUAAUAUCACCGUGGCUAAAUUAUCUGGCCCAAAAGUUCCCAAGAACAUCCGAGUGACCACUCUCACGGAUUUUCAGCCAGAUGUUUGUAAAGAUUUCCAGCAAACGGGAUACUGUGGAUAUGGAGACACAUGUAAAUUUCUUCAUAUUCGAGAUGAGCUGAAACAAAAGAAACCUAUAGAUAAAGAGUGGGAGACUGUGGACAAGAAACCAAAGGACAAAAGCGAAGACACUCUGAAGCCAUUCAAGUGUCCAAUUUGUAAGGAGAAGUAUCGUCAGCCCGUUAAAACACAAUGUGAUCAUAUCUUCUGCCAAAAGUGCUUUAUGAAUCGAUACAAGGUAGAGAAGAAACCGAAAUGCUUCAUAUGUAACGUGGAUACUGGAGGACUGGUACAACCACUUCUGAAGCGAGAAAGGGAGGAGCUUGAGAAGAGCAAUGAGGAUUGA